AUGUCCGGAAAGAUUCAAAAAAAUCGCUUUAAAAAGGGAAACACUGAGGAUAAAUACAUUGUGGUGGAUCACGAUCGAGAAAUCGCGGAACGCUUCUAUCGAGUGGAUUCAUCUUGGAUUCACUCAAAAAGAAAUCAACGUUUCUAUUCGAAUGAAGUAAAUGCAUUGGAACUUUUGGGGGAAAAUGAGAAUAUUGUGAAAAUGUUAAAUAAAAGAACAGUGGACAAAAAUGGAAUGCAUUUCUUGGUCGUUUCAUUGGAAUACAUCAAGAUGACAUCACUCAAUAAAAUAAUCCUUUCUCCUUGCUACAAAUACACGGCGAAAACAGUUGGUGAGUGGUUGAGGCAAUUAUUCUCGGCGGCCGCGUUUCUUCACCAAAAACAGCUCGUUCAUCGGGACAUUAAACCGUCAAACAUUCUCGUCACCGACAAUUUCCACUUGAAAAUCACAGAUUUCGAGUGUUGCAAAUCGGUGGAUCCGGCGAAAACGAACACUUUCGACGUGGGAACGAUUCGUUAUAAACCCCCAGAGUCCAAGGGAUUCAAUCCGAUUAAUGGAAGGACUUUGUUCACAGACAGCGGUGAUGUGUUCUCGAUCGGGAUCACCGGAUGGGAAAUCAUUAUGAGAAGUGAAUGCAUUCUCGAAGAAUCGAUCGACGAUUCCGGGUCAAUGAUGUUCAUCAAUGAUGUUCAUCGAACCCCCAGAUUGAGAUGCAUUCGCGAAUUCGAGGAAUUGAUCACAAACUCCACCUCGAUCUCUCACCACCUUCGACCGACAGCUUUGGCCGCUAAAAGCCAUUUAGAGGAAGCGUUGAAAAACAACUACUUCAACUCCCUCAAAUUCGAGCCGGAUUUCGAUGAGACUUUGACAAAAAUUCAUUUACCAUUCGAUGUAAAACUGAUAAAAUCUGAUGGAAAUGACGAGGAAAGCAGGGAAUCUUUCACUCCUCCAUCAGUCGAUUUU